CAAACUCGACUCCAACAAACCUGGUUAUAACCUUACAAUGUAUACCCACCAAAACGACAAAGAUCCAAUUGCUGCGGGAAGGCAACAUGACUUGAAUGUCUCAGGUUCGCCCAGUCAAGCUUCCUGCCAAGUCCGCCGUCAAAAACCCGGCCAAAAUGGACAUGAUCGGUCCCGGGAGGGGGAAAAAACCCUCGUAGCCACAUCCUUCAAGGAUGUUUGCCUGCACGGUUUUUAAGUACCUUCCUUCGCGCUGGUCUGUUCUAACUUUGACAACUUUCUCCCCUCUUCCUGACCCGCCCUGUCACUACCCUUCCCACAGCUGCAAGCAUCAUGCACUACAAUUCGUUUAAUUGCAAGCAGAACAUACUGGAGUAUUACACCUGCCAUGGUGGGGUAAAUCAACUAGGCGGGGUGUUCGUGAAUGGGCGCCCCCUGCCCGAUCUGGUCCGGCAGCGGAUCGUCGAGCUGGCGCACAACGGCAUCCGGCCGUGUGACAUUUCGCGCCAGCUUCGCGUCAGCCAUGGCUGCGUAUCGAAGAUACUAUCCAGAUACUACGAAACGGGCAGCUUUAAGGCGGGUGUGAUCGGUGGUUCGAAGCCGAAGGUGGCAACACCGCCGGUGGUGGAAGCGAUCGCUGCCUACAAGCUGCAGAACCCGACCAUGUUUGCGUGGGAGAUCCGGGACAAGCUGCUGGCGGAUGGGAUCUGUGUGCACGAUAAUGUGCCGAGCGUUUCGUCCAUCAAUCGCAUCGUUCGCAACAAGGCGGCGGAAAAGGCCAAGUACAGCUCACAGCGGUCGGACAACAGUGGUCUCGACAGUCCACGAAUUCUUUCGCGCAACAAUCAACAACAACAGCAGCAGCAGCAAACCCAGCAGCAGCAACAGGAGUGUCUCAAUCAACAGAUGCAGGCCGACCAGGAAUCGAUGAAGUCACCACAGCAGGUGGAGAACGUCGCGUCCCAAUCGUACAGCAUCAACGGGCUGUUGGGACUGUCGCAGAAAUCGCUGUCCGGUUCCAGCUCCAAGCGGCGUCGCAUCAAGGAAGAUCCCGCAGACAUGAAGGGCAGCAUGCUGAGCUGUAUCAAGCGCGAUAAGGAGGCCAAAGAGAUGUCGGAGAGUAUGCUGCACGAGAGCAUAGGCAAGGGAGGGCCGGGCCCAGAUCAGCAGCAACAGCAGCAGCAGCAGGAUAAAGGGCACGAUCUGUUCGUCGGUGGUGUUGACUUUGUUAGUUCGCUUGCGAUGGCACAGGACGAUGGUAACAAUCCGGACAAUCAGCAGGCCGGCUUUAGUAGUAUGCGGGCCGGCCCACGGACCAGCCCGAUCAGGUCACGCGAAAAUGCGCUCUUCCUGCUGGCGGCCGGUGGUGGUGAUAAGGCGCACAAAUACCACCGCACGGACGAACCGAUGCCGGCGGGCGUGAUCAUCGAAGACGACAGUAGCGCCCGCAAGCAUCAGCAGGCACAGCAGCAGCAGCAGCAGGCACAUCAAGCAAGCGACGUGAAGACGACGUACGACAAGAUACUCGCCGGUGAGCUGGUGCCGGGGACGGCGGUCAAACGCACCAACACCACCGAACCCACCACCCUGACACAGUCGAUCGAGUUCCUGAGCGACAUGAACAACAACAUCUCCCAGAACCAGCACCAGGGCUUUGCGGCGGCCGCGUACGAAGGUGCGUACAGUGCGGCGGAUGCGGCGGACACGGCCGUCCAGCUGAAUCCGCAUCUGGCCGCCUGCUCGUCCAACUAUUCCGCCUUCCUGCAGAACACGGACCAGUUUGCGGCGGCCAACCCGGAGCUGAUCUUCCCGACCGCGGCCUACACGCAGUACGCGGCACCCGGCUACGGUACGUUCAACUACAACUCAUCGUUCGCCAACAACAACCUGUGUCGGGACCUCGGUCAGAUCCACUACCCGGAGGAGCAGUAGUAGUAGUAGUUGUAGCUAUAAUGGUAGUAGUGGUAGGUGGAGUAGUAGUGGAUAAUAACGUGGAACGGAGUGAUUUCUUUAGCCCGUACGGAUAUGUCGCCGAACAACGAGGUGUGUUUGCGCCGCGCGUGUGUUGAUUUCCGUGUUGAAACAGAGCAACACACACACACACACACACUCGCAUACAGAGAUGAAAGCAAAGCAAACAGACAAAGUUUAAAUCACAAUUUAUAAAACGAAGAUUAAUAAACAACAACUCCUCUUUGGAAGAAAGGAGUUAGCGGAGGAGGGGGGCACGCUCCCACACAUCCGCGCAAUGUGUGUGUGUGUGUGCGUACGAUUCGCAUUUAAAUACAAAGGUAUAUUUAUCGAAAAACGGAGGAUCAGGGAUUUCGGAACGAGCAAUUAGGUGGAAUUUAAAAAAAACGACACAAAAACCCCCCACCCCCUUCUUCCACAUCCUAUCCCGAUCGUUAAACCCUGAUCCACGCAUUUAGAAGGGGAAGAUAUGUGCGCUACAAAACAAACAACAAAAUGCUAAGGAGGUUAUUUUUUUCUCUCUCUCUCUCUCAAUCUGAAAUUUAUUAAAAUAAAAGCAAGUGCUGCACCGGAAACCAAAAA